AUGGCGACUAUCACAUUCCCGCCCUCUCCUUCACCGGCCACUCCUAGCAAGCAGGGCCCAAAGAGGGCCCCCUUUUCCGACCAGCUCGCCUCCAGUCCAGCUCCUUCAGCCCUGUCGAUCUCAUUUUCAGCCUCCUCAGUCCCCACGCGAACAAUUGCCAUUCUGACCAAGACUUGUGCAAAGUUACACCGCCUCACCAUCGAGUCCAAACUCGUCGCAGCUGGUUUCGACGUCCUUCUCUCCCGCAACGAGGAGUGGUCUUAUCCAGAUGAUGUAGACUUUCUGUACGAGCUGCUCCAUGGACACUCCGACACUGGUGUUCGAUACUGGAUUGAGCAUUUGACUGGAGAGCCUAUCCACUUCAUGGUCCUGGAACGGACCCGAGCGGUUGAGACUUGGCUCGAGCUGAUUGGACCGGGAGAGACAGAGGAGGAAGAAGAAGAAGACGACUACGCUUUUCUCGGCGGGGAUGUAUCCACGCCUGGCUCGACUAGAUCCACCAAGUCGCUGAAUGGAAGCUCGAAAGGACUCAGAGCCACCUAUGGCAAGGGCUCGAUCUAUGGAUCUCUCACUUGUCAACAGGCUCAGAGACAGAUUGCCGUAUGCGCACCUGAGUUGGUUUCGGAGGAGGCGCUCAUCGAUCUUCACAUGUCUUUCAGCUGUGAAGCAGACGAAUCCCUGCCGAUUCAAGGCACUGGACUUCUUAAUUAUGAGGAGGACGAGAGCGCUGAUCAGAGCCAGAUACAGGCAAUGCUGCAAGGUGAUGCGCUCGACCCCGAUAACGGAGAGGUUCUUAGCGACGGAGGAGCUGAAAACUCCAUAGUCAGGCUCAACGAGACACGAAGAGCUUCGGCGAGGUCCACCAGCACGACUGAAGCAUUGUCCUCUGACGCGCCAGGGCGCAAGACGUUCAGAGCCAAGCCGGUACCCGCCUCCCUCGCUACCCCCGCCAUACAGCCAAGGCUGACCCGGGCAGCUGCGCUCAGGAUGGGAAUCCAGCUACCAGACGCACGGAUCCGAGGCAACAAGACUGAAGUCAGCGAGACUGCAGGACCUGUAGGCAUAUCUGGACUACCCAAGGCCACUGUCCCUCUCCCCAAAUCACUCGCCGAGCCCACCAUCAAGCCUCGCGCCAACCGCGCUAGCCUCGUCAGGGCUGGAGGUGGAGCUGCCGCAUCAGCUCAACCCACGUAUCAGCGACCUCGGAAGGAAGUAGACUAUUCCAACACGCCUGGACAUCGAAGGAACAGUACUGCCUGCUCUGUUGCCAGCUUGGCGCAGCCUACUAUUGCGCCCCGUCAGAACCGAGCCUCUUUGGCUCGACUGGGAGCAGGAGCAGGGGCGGGCACAGGCACGGGGGCAUUGCGACCGGGAAUCACUGCAACUCGAUCACUCAGCAUGGUAUCAGUGGACAGCGCACGAUCUUCCGCCACGAGCACCCAGACCACCGACAGAAGUGACAGCAGGAGCACAGGUGCGCGAGAACGCAAGCCGGUAGACUUCUCUAACACGCCUGGCCACCGACGUGAUCUUGCACCGACCAACUUGGCUUCUCUCAAGCCUCCUGCUAUCACUCCACGAACGAACAAGGCGGCCAUGGCAAGAGGUGGAGUCGUGAAUGGUAGUAUUGCACCGUCAAUGACGACUUCUCCGAGCAGAGUAACAGCGCCCACCACCGCAUCUAGAAGUACGAGCCUGCCCAUGCCCACUUCGAGCGGCCGAAGCUCCCCAGUCAAAAGUGACAGGACCGCCGCAAUGAUUGAGCGAGCACCCAGUCAGAUGCGCGAGCGAAAGCCAGUAGAUUUCUCGACCACCCCAGGACAUAAGAAGACCCAGUCCUUCAGUAUUGCCUCACUGGCCGCGCCAAAGAUUCAGCCAAGACUGAACAAUGCAGCUUCCAAGAGGCUGUCCCUAGGAGGCGCAGCAGAGCGUCCAAAUAUACCUCUCAACUUGCCCGUCCCUCCUUCUAGACCAGGUAGCGCUCUUGCGGGCAAGAUGGGUAGGACAAGCGUCACUCCAAUGCCUCCUCCGCUGCGAUCUGCAUCUUCCAUCGGGAUCCGAAGAGCGAUCAGCGAUGCUGCACCUCAUCAGGACUUCGAGGUGACAAGGAGACUUGCGGAGAUCAAGAUGAAGACUUCGACGAACGAAAAAGGUGGUGUAGAUGUAUCGAGAUCUGAGAAUGUCAGGCCGGUGCGGGCUCGAGCUCCGCCGCCAAGUGCAUACCGCGCUCCUUCUGCCCAGGUUGCUUGAGCGUAGUUGAGCAUAGCGAUGCGAUAGACAAUCUCGCUGAGUCUUGUGUUGAAAAAAUUGCUUCUGUGAAGGCAUUGUCUUGUCACCAUAUGCAUGAUCUCUGAUUUCCUUUCCAAUUGCCUGCCGAAUUUCUGGUAUAUCUCAAGAUCAAUUCCUCUUGUUGUCCACUUUCUAUCUUCCCUUGUCUGUCAUUCAGAAAGACCUGUCUGAGCAGCUUCGAUGGAAUUUUAGCGACUUGUGAUGCUUGCAGAAGAGGCUCGGUGUGGGGCUGAGCUCACAAUUGCUUCGUAGAUCGCAUA